UAUUGGCGGGAAAAUUCUGCUAGAAGCCUAAAACACCAAUUUCCAUUUUUCAGAAUCUUCAAUUCCUUAUGACCUCUCACUUUCUUGCUUUCUAUCAGUCUCUCUACUCUAUAAAAUCAAGCAUAAGCAUGCUGGUUUUAUGCAUUACACAGAAUUUUUGAAAGAAUAACACAAAAUAUUGUUUCGUUUCCUCAAUUCAUUGCGAUAGUCUUUGGAUCAAAUUUCCAAUAGAAAAAAUAAAGGAAGGAUGCCAAAUAUAAGAGUAUGCGCGCUAUUCAGGCCGUUGAAUGUAAAGGAAAUUUCCGAUCACGGUGAUACUGUUUGCAUUCGCGCUGUCGAUUCUGAUUCUUUCGUAUUGAAGGAUGACAAAGAAGAAGAGUUUGAGUUCCAUUUUGAUAGGGUGUUCUAUCAAAGAUCAGAGCAGGCUAACGUAUAUGAAUUCCUUGCUCUGCCUAUUGUCAAAGGUGCUGUUGAAGGUGUCAAUGGGGCAAUCGUUACAUAUGGUCAGACAGGAGCAGGGAAGACUUACAGCAUGGAGGGACCAAGCAUUAUGGAUUGUGAUGAAAAUAAGAAAGGGUUACUACCUAGAGUAGUAGAUGGCCUUUUCAGUGCUAUUAGACUUUCAGAUGAGAUGACCAAGUAUACAAUCAACCUAUCAAUGGUGGAGAUAUAUAUGGAGAGAGUAAGGGACCUUUUUGAUUUAUCCAAGGACAACUUACUGAUAAAGGAAACCAAAGCUCGGGGAAUAUUUGUAUCUGGAGCAACUGAGAUUUGCAUAUCAGAUUCUGCUGAGGCAUUGCGAAGUCUGUCUAUUGGAAUAGCAAACAGAGCAGUGGGAGAAACCCAAAUGAAUAUGGCAAGUAGUAGAAGUCAUUGUGUAUAUAUAUUCACCAUCCAGAAGGAACUAAAGAAGGAGAAAAGGUCUGGAAAGGUAAUUCUCGUAGACUUAGCAGGAUCUGAGAAAGUAGAGAAGACUGGAGCUGAAGGUAGAGUCCUCGAAGAAGCCAAAACCAUCAACAAAUCCCUUUCAGCUCUAGGGAAUGUAAUAAAUGCAUUAACUGGUAGUCCACAAGGGAGAGCAAAUCAUAUUCCUUAUCGUGAUUCUAAGCUUACUCGGAUCCUGCAAGAUGCUUUGGGAGGCAACUCCCAGACUUCCUUGCUCUGUUGCUCCUCGCCUAGUCCCUCAAAUGCAUCAGAGAGCCUUUCCACUCUUAGGUUUGGUGCAAGGGCAAAGCAUAUAAAGGCAUUGGCACAUGUCAGUCUCAAAGAAGAUGAAGACACCAAGAGUCCUGGAGCCCUCCCAGUGAUUAAAAACGAGUCUUGUGAGAGAAUAUUAGAGAAGUUGAGACGGAAAAUAAAAGCUGAAGAUGUGGAACUGCUGGAGCAGCUAUUUGUUUUAGAGGGAAUUUUCUUUGAUCCCAACUCUUUGGACGAAGUGGAAGCAGCUUACGAGGAUGUGACAUCCAGAACAAUUUCAUCACUGCAGAAAGCCGUGGAAGAGCUAAUUGCAACUGUUGAGAAGCUCAAGGAGGAGAACAAGGCUCUUAAAAUCCAGAUCAGAAGCUGCUGAAACAUCCCUCCAUCCAAGUGCAUAGCAAAUAUCAAGUGACAAAUCAUUUUCCAGCAUUAUGGGAAAUGGCACCUCCACCGCUCUAAGUAACCUUCAUAACUUGACCCUACCUUGCAAUUGCAUCAUUUUCCAGCAUGAUGGGAAACUGCCUAAGUCUAGAUUCUCUUGCAAGGCGCUACAUCGCCAUUCAUGCCGUUGCUUUGUGCCAUUUACCCUUUUCAUCUCUUCUACCGUGAGUGAAGAAGGGACUAUUUGAUGGGUAAGGAGAGAAUAAUGUCGAUGGAGUUAAUAUGGGAUUAACAAAUUAGAAAGUUCACAUGCAUGUAUAAGAUUGUGUUUUGUACUCGCUGAAGUUGUGAGUUCUCAAGUUUUAAGGUAAAUUUCAUCUGCC